UCUAUAAAGAACUAAACCUAAAAAACACUGACAUUUCUCUCUCUGUUCUUUUUUCAUUUGAAAAUGGUUACUAAAUCUCAAACUCAAAUUCCUCUUUCUCUGUUAAUUCUCUCAAUCUGUGUAGUUCUGAUUAAAGGAAAGAAUCUAGCUUUGGAAGUCUGCGUGAAAGCCGCAGUCGGCGCUCCGAAUGUUCUAGGAGACUGUCCUUUUAGCCAAAGGGUACUUCUAACAUUGGUGGAGAAGAAAGUUCCUUACAAAUUGCAUCUUGUGAAUAUCAGCAAUAAACCCAAAUGGUUUUUGAAAGUGAACCCUAAUGGAAAGGUGCCACUUAUCAAAUGGGGAAACAAAUGGAUAGCUGAUUCUGAUGUGAUUGUGGGUAUCCUUGAGAAAAAAUACCCAUACCCUUCACUCACUUAUCGUCCUGAUUUUGCAUCUGUUGGUUCGAAAAUCUUUUCUUCUUUUACAACCUUCCUGAUUAGCAAGAAUUCAAGUGAUGGUUCGGAGAAGGUUUUGCUCAAUGAACUUAAGGCACUGAAUGAACACCUCAAGGAACAUGGUCCUUACAUUAAUGGAGAAAAUAUUUCUGGUCUUGAUUUGAGCUUAGCCCCAAAACUUUAUCAUUUGGUGGUGGCUUUAGGUCAUUUUAAAAGUUGGACCAUUCCUAAGGACUUAGUUUAUGUUAAUGACUAUGCUAAGUUGGUAUUUUCUCGGGAGUCAUUUGUGAAGACUAAGGCGGAUGAAAAGUAUGUGAUUGCAGGAUGGGAGGCAAAGGUUAAGGGUUGAACCUACUCAUGAAAGAAGACUGUAUAAACUAGUAAUAAAACACUUUCUUUAGUGCUUCUUUCUGUAGUAGAGAAUGGAAAUUUCUACUUUGAAGGGCAUUGCUUAAUCUAAUAAAUCAGUUGACUAUUCUAU